UAUUUCUCUUGGAUGCAGGCGAUGCAAGCCACUUUUGAUAUCUGUACUCAGAUGCACUCAUCUUCUCUCCCAGUAUUGAUUUUCGCAUCCUUCUCCCAUUGGUGCCGCGUACGACUGUUACUAGAACUACAAGGAUGAUAACGAUUCGAGGUUAUUAUCAUAACCGGGGAAAUUAGUGCUGACAACCAAUAUCAAGCACUGAAAAUGGUCUUGAAGACACAAGAUGAUCAAGAUGCCAUCCAGCACCACCCUGAAGAGGGUCGACUUGAAUGCAUCCAUCGAUCAUUGUGCGCUUGCCAGCAUCUCUGAGAAUGGCAUCAACGUCCGCAGCGAAGCGUGUCGUGGUAAUUGGAGCUGGAUGGGCAGGACUGGCAGCAGCCAAAACAUAUCUUGAAAUUGACCCGAAAGUUCAACUUACGAUAUUCGAUUCCGAACGACAUUUGGGAGGUGUAUGGAACAAAGACCGCUGUUUCCCAGGUUUUCUCGCAGAUUCACCAACGGGACUUUUCGACCUCUCCGACCUACCCAUGCGAGACGCGAUAGGCAUGAAAGAUUGGUCCGAUCUGCCUGGCGACAAAGUAUACGAAUACUUGAAGGCGUAUGCAAAGAAGUUCUCCCUGGUGGAACGAAUGCGACUGGGGACACGAGUGUUGCGCGUUUCGAGGCAUUUGGACAAGAAAGCCUGGGACAUCGAGAUUGAAAAUUCGGGAGAAGUCCUUACUUUUGACAAAGUGAUAGUGGCAGCCGGACUAAAUUCGAAGCCUCUGUGGCCAGAUCUGCCAAUAGAUGAUUUCGAAGGAAUAGUCAUGCAUUCGAAAGACAUUGGGAUGCGUCAUUCAGAGUUGACAUCCGAGAAGACACAUAGUGUCACUGUUUAUGGCGGUUGCAAAUCGGCUGUUGAUGCUAUUAUUCUUUGCCUUGAUGCCGGAAAGAAGGUAGAUUGGGUCAUUAGAGAUACCGGUAACGGCCCUGGGAUGAUGGUUCAGAUCCGCAGUCUGUUUGGCAUACACGGUGCAAGAUUCGCUGGCCGAUGGAAAAAUAUCCUGAGCCCUUCUAUCUUUUCCACGGACACCUUCUGGUACCGAUUUCUGCACAGUGGGAAGAGUAGACUGGGCAAUUUCAUCUGCAAGAGGAUCUGGAAGAAGGCAAGCACUGUGCCUUACACAAUGGAACCUUACAAGACGAAGAGUUCCAAUAUGGAAAAGCUCAUGCCCGAAACGAAAGAUUCACUGUUCUUCACUGCCAGUCUGGUUGGACUUCAUGGCAACAAAAAAUUCGUUGAUGAGCUCCAUUCAGAAAAUCUCCUCAAAGUUCAUCGAGCAUCUAUCACUUCUAUGCGUGAAUCCAACAUCGCCUUAUCGAAUGGAGAGAUUUUGAAUUCCGACACAGUCGUCUUUGCCACAGGAUGGGACAACAAAUCUGAGCUCUUCGACCCUGCUGAUUGUCUGAAGCUCGGAAUCACAACAGACUCGACAAAUGAGGAUGAGGUAACAAUGAAAUACUGGCAAACCCUUGGAGACAAAGCUGAGAAGUAUGUCGUGGAUCUUCUUCCCGUUCUCAAAAACCCUCCGCCUCACUUCACUCGACCAGUGCCACAUACCCCUUAUCGCUUGUAUCGGUACAUUCUCCCACCUUCGCUCGCCGCUCAGGAUGAUCGUUCUCUUGUCUUUCUCGGUCUUGUAACCAGUGUUCAGACCUCUAUCUAUGCAGAAGUUUCUGCAUUGUGGGGCAUUGGUUGGAUGGAAGGUCUCUUGAAUGUGACAAAAUCCAAGGAUGAGAUGGAUUAUGAUAUUGCGAAGGUCAAUGCUUGGUCUGAACGAAGAUAUCUAUCAAGAGGAAGGCAAAGGCAAAUUGCUUCUGUCGAAAUACAGGAUAUCACUGAUAUCUUGAUGAAAGGCAUGGGUUUGAAAGUCUACCGAAAAAGCAACUUCCUAUCGGAAACAUUCGUUCCCAUUCGCGCCCAAGACUAUAGAGGAAUUGUUCGAGAAUUCCUGAACAAGUCCGCAUGUCGGAGCGUGUAGGUAUAUUGAAGGAGAGAAGUAUACUCAAUAUGUAUUACAGUACGUGUACAUUACCUAAGCUUCACCUGAGCAACCACAUGCUCCAAUGUCCACGGUGAUUCUAUGCCAGAACGCCUAUCUCAUGCUCACUUUUCCUCGCCCCGCCUGCGCCGUCGACCGUGGCGGAUCAAACUUUGCCUAAA